UCCCUCCCGGUUCUGUCGGUUGAGGCGAGCCGAGAGUAAAUAGAAGCAGGAGCGCAAAAUGGCGGAGCUGCCGAGCUCUGGUCGUGGCGCGGCGUCGCCGGAGAGAGAGUCGUUCUGCGUCAGGCCGGGCCCGGACGCCAAGGCCUCCCGCGGGUCGCAGCCAGCCUCCAAGAAGCUGAAGGGAGCCGACGAGAGGGGCCCAAAGGGCAGCAAGCGCGUCAACGGCGAAGGGGGCGGCGGCGGGAGCGGGAGCGGCAAGCAGCAGCAGCAGCAGCAGCCGCUGCCGGCGGCGGUGCCGAGCUACAGCAACCCCGCGGCGUGGGGCUUCGCCGCGCUGCCGCCAGGGCCCUCUGUCAGCACGGCCGGCUUCGCUUUCCCCUCGCCGCUGCCCCGGAAGCUGCUGCCGCCCGCCCUGCUGCUGCCGUCCGCCGCCUCUCCCUCCCCGUCCUGCCCGCAGCACCGCCACCAUCGGCACCGCCCGGCUCCGGCCGGAGAGGCCGCCAAGCCCAAGAGGCCGAAGGAGAAGCGAGACAAGGAGAGGAGGAAGCACGGAGCGCUGCCAGCGCUCGGAGAUGGCGGCGGGGCCCUGAGCGCGGCGGGCCGGGAAGAGAACGGCGAGGUGAAGCUGCUGCUGCAGAAAGCUCAAAUCAAAGAGAAGAUGAAAGAAAGGGAAAAGAAGCAAAAAGAGAAGAAGAAGCACAAAAUAAUGAAUGAAAUAAAGAAAGAAAAUGGAGAAAUCAAGUUACUGCAGAAAGCUGGGAAGGAGAAACCAAAAAUGAACGCAGAAGAGCUACAGAUAAAAAAGGUUAAGAAGAAAAAGAAAAAGAAACAUAAAGAGAACGAGAAGAGGAAGCGUCCAAAAAUGUACAGCAAAUCCAUUCAGACUAUCUGCUCAGGACUGGUUUCUGAUGUUGAGGAUCAGGAAGCCAAAGGCAUCAUAGAUGAUCAUCUUAAGGAUUUCAAUGGGAAAAAUAUGGAUCCCAAGAAGGACUGUGAGUCCAAGAUACCAGAGAACAGUGAGUUUCCAUUUGUCUCGUUAAAGGAGCCACGGGUUCAAAAUAAACUCAAAAGGUUGGACACAUUGGAGUUCAAACAGCUGAUUCAUAUUGAGCACCAGCCUAACGGAGGUGCAUCAGUUAUCCAUGCCUACAGUAAUGAACUCUCCCACUUAUCUCCUGUGGAGAUGGAGAGAUUUGCAGAAGAGUUUGUGGGUCUGGUUUUUAGUGAAAAUGAAAACUGUGCAGCUUACUAUGUAAUGGGUAUUGUUCAUGGGGCAGCUACAUAUUUACCUGACUUUUUAGACUACUUUUCAUUUAAUUUUCCCAAUUCACCAGUGAAAAUGGAGAUUUUGGGAAAGAAAGAUAUAGAGACAACGACUAUGUCAAAUUUUCAUGCUCAGGUAAAAAGAACAUACUCUCAUGGUACGUAUAGAGCUGGCCCAAUGAGACAGAUCAGCCUGGUUGGAGCAGUUGAUGAGGAAGUGGGGGAUUACUUUCCUGAAUUCCUUGAUAUGUUGGAAGAAUCACCCUUCUUAAAAUGUACGCUGCCAUGGGGAACACUUUCUAGUUUAAAAUUAGAGAGUCGUAAAGACAGCGAUGAUGGUCCCAUUAUGUGGGUACGUCCAGGAGAGCAGAUGAUCCCUGUGGCUGACAUGCCAAAGUCACCUUUCAAAAGGAAGAGAACUACCAAUGAAAUAAAAAACUUGCAGUACCUACCUCGAACCAGUGAACCACGUGAAAUGCUAUUUGAAGACCGGACACGAGCCCAUGCAGAUCACAUAGGACAAGGUUUUGAACGACAGACUACAGCUGCUGUGGGAGUGCUGAAGGCUGUGCACUGUGGAGAGUGGUCUGAGCAGCCUCGUAUAACCAAAGAUGUAAUUUGUUUUCAUGCUGAGGAUUUCUUAGAGGUAGUUCAGCGCAUGCAGUUGGACUUGCAUGAGCCUCCACUCUCACAGUGUGUCCAGUGGGUUGACGAUGCAAAACUGAAUCAGCUGCGAAGGGAAGGCAUUCGAUAUGCCAGAAUUCAGUUGUUUGAUAAUGACAUCUAUUUUAUCCCGAGGAAUGUUGUGCACCAGUUCAAAACAGUUUCAGCGGUGUGCAGCUUGGCGUGGCACAUCCGGCUCAAGCUGUAUCAUUCCGAAGAAGAAGCUUCUCAAAACGCAAGCACUCUCGAAGCAGGGACCUCUGCAGACCCCAAGUCUUCGGUUAUGGGACUUCAGACUGACAGCAGGAUUUGUACAAUAAGCAGAAAUACCUCCGAAGACGCCAAACUUUCAGACGUUCUGCAGCAGGAAUUUGUGCCGGUAAAACACGAACCUAUUGCAUCUCACCGAAUUAAAGAAGAACCCAUGAAUGUUGAUCUUGCUGAAAAGACUGUGGCGCCCCAUGACAGCAGGGGCCAGAAUGUUCAGACUAGAUUGGAUCAGGUUGAAUUGACGGCGUUUAAGUUGGAAACGGGUUCCAAAUUUGAACCUGGCAGCAAGGACUUACAAGGCAAGUUGUGCCCCGGCAGUCACGUACAUCCGGAUGACACGAGACAACAUAGUUCAUAUCCAAAACUGCAUGGACAAAGAGAGGAUGAUUUUUUGUGCUAAAUUUGUAUAUAUUGUUUUAAAUUCCUUUUUAAACUUAAUGAUGUAAUAAUGUAAAGAUUCAUAAGUUCUGUGAGGCAAGUUUGUGACUUGCCUUCGCAUCUGUUACAGAAGAUAGUUAUGUAGCUUUGUAACAUUCCUCAGUGCCUGUCCAUAACUGUGAAGUAUCAAAGCACUUAGGGCCAGAUGCACUGUAAACACUGCAGGUUUAACAUAAAGAAGUCUUUAAAUAAUUUUGAGUUGUAGGUUUUAGAGUAGAGCUGACAUUUAACAUAUAUAUUUUUUGUAAGAUGAGCCAGAAUUCUUUUUGACAAUUCCAGGCUUUUCCAUAGAGCUUAUUUAUACCAAUUUUUUCAUUUUAAAUGUGUCAGCACUGUAGUGUAAAUAUCUUUUUUAAAAAUCUUUUUAGUGUGAUUUAUACUGAAAUGUGAGCCACUUAAUAAAGGUUCAUAAUAACAGAUUGGUUUUA